AUGAAGCUUACUGGGACUAUCCUUAAACUGGAGUGCACUCAUGGCAGCACAGAGACUAAACUGUUAAACAACAUGAUGCUGGUUCCUCUACGAGCAAAUAAAACAGUAGUGUCAGCAUCCUCCUCAUCCCUGUCAGGGACCGAUGGCGCGAAGACUCAAUGCUCCAUAUGUGCAGACAGAGCCACAGGUAAGCAUUACGGUGCACCCAGUUGCGAUGGCUGCAAGGGCUUCUUCAGGAGGAGCAUUCGCAACAACCACACUUACAGCUGUAGGUUCGACAGGCAAUGCAUUGUGGACAAAGACAAAAGGAACCAGUGCCGCUACUGCAGACUACGAAAGUGUUUCAAGGCCGGAAUGAGAAAGGAAGCUGUUCAGAAUGAGAGAGACUGCAUCAACAGUCAGAGAGCCAAGGAGCAGACAGUGGGCACUUUGUCCAUCAGUGUGCUGCUGCAGGCAGAGACCACUGUUCAGCAGUUCCCAGCACUUCUAUCUCCUAGGAGCCAUGACAUCACCACCAAGAAGACAGCAGGCGUAGGGGAGGUGUUCGAGUCCAUGAAGCAGCAACUCCUCCUGCUGGUGGAAUGGGCUAAACACAUCCCAGAGUUUUGUAGCCUUCCAAUAGAUGACAGGGUAACCCUUCUACGAACCCACUCUGCAGAACAUCUUAUCUUAGGGGCAGCAAGACGCUCACUGCCUUACAAUAAUGUCAUUCUUCUAGGUAAUGACUUUGUGAUCCCACUGAGAGGUGCAGAAGUAGAGAUAUCCAGAGUGGCAUUCAGAAUUCAAGAGGAACUGGUCAAACCUCUCAGAGAGCUGGUCAUCACAGACAAAGAGUUUGCUUGCCUCCGGACGAUUGUCUUCUUUGCCCCAGACUGUUCGGGACUGAAGAGUCCUCAGGUGGUUCGACAUCUCCGUUUCCAGGCCCAUCUUCUCUUAGAAGAAGCAACAUGUGAGCAGCGAGGAAGGUUUGGGGAACUCCUGCUGAUCCUGCCUCCCCUGCAGAGUGUGGCCUGGCAGAUGGUUGAGACUCUUCACUUAGCACAGCUGCUUGGCGAGGCCAAAAUGGACAGCCUGCUGCAGGAAAUGUUGCUAGGGGAGGGAACUGAAACGGGACAAGGAGUCUGUACAGGUAGUCCUGUGCCUGCAGGAAAUGGCCCUACUCAAGACCAGCAGAAUGACCUGAAUGCUUCACCUGCGACCUUCCCAUCUGUGAUCUGUCAUGCUUCAAUGGGUGAGUAUUGA